UUUGACAGGCGCACACCCCGCAGACCGAAAAAUUCAAAACACUUUUACUAUGGUUGUAUUCAUUCACAACAGAAGUAGUGUUUUAGUAAGGAAGGUCGCGAAAUAUUUCGUCCAAGGUCCUACAAAUAAAAGCAGUAUGGGUAGUUCUUACUCGAGAUCAUACUCUCCGAACAAUGGUCAAAAUGGAAACUCAAAUGAAAGACGUGGUACGAUAUCCCGUAUGGAAUCCAGUAGCAAUUACGUGGAAUCCGUGGUGUGUAAAGAAAAUGACCUCAAAGACAACGAAAUGAAAGUGUUUGACAUUGGCGACCACGGAAAAGUGCUCUUGGUAAAACAGAAAGGCGAGUUUAAUGCUUUGGGUACAAAAUGUACGCAUUACGGAGCGCCCCUGGUGUCUGGCGCGUUAGCAGACGGCAGGGUGCGGUGUCAAUGGCACGGCGCCUGCUUCAACAUUAAGACAGGUGACAUCGAAGAUUUCCCAGGAUUCGACUCCCUGCCGUGCUACCAAGUAACCGUGACGGAGAAGGGAGAAGUUAAGGUGCGCAAAAUCAGCGAUUUGAAAUCUAACAAACGCAUCAAGGAUAUGGGAAUAGUCCCCUGCGAUGAUUCUGUCGUGGUGGUAGUGGGCGGCGGCCCCUCUGGCGCCACCUGUGCCGAGACGCUACGUAGUGAGGGAUAAGGACGGAUCAUUGUCGUCGCCAAAGAACCCCAUCUUCCGUACGACAGAAUUAAAGUAUCCAAAAUUGGUGUUGUAACCGAAAUUGAAAAGCUUCAAGUACGAUCUCAAGAUUAUUAUACUGAUGCCAACAUUGAAAUCCUGAAGGGAGUAGAAGCCACUAAGGUGGAAGCUAAUGAUAGACUGGUUCAUCUCAGUAACGGAACUAAACUUCGCUACAGCGCACUCUAUCUCGCGACCGGAUGCAAACCUCGGCCGAAUAGCCCCGGCAUCGACCUAAAGAAUAUAUUCACUGUGAGGAACUUUGAAGACGCCAUCAACAUUCUUACCACUUUGGGCUCUGAUAAAGAUAAAGACGUUGUUGUUCUCGGCCUGAGCUUCAUCGGACUCGAAACAGCCGCAUCGUGUAACGAUAAAGCAAAAUCUAUGACCGUCGUGGGCAAAGACAAAGCUCCGCUCGGCCAAAUAUUUGGUCAGGAAAUUGGGCACAGCCUAAAAAUAUUGUUCGAAGAUAAGGGUGUUAAGUUCCACUUUGAAACCACAAUAACCAAAUGUAACGGUGAGAAUGGCGUGAUAAAAUCAGUGGAGCUGGCUAACGGAACCGUCCUGCCCGCAGAUAUGCUCAUUUUGGGCGUGGGUUCAACAUUCAACACCGAUUUCCUAAAUGAUAGUGCUAUCAACAUGGAAGCAAACGGUGCGGUCACCGUCAACGAUAAGUUGGAAACUAACGUGAAACAUGUUUUCGCCGGGGGUGAUAUCGCGUAUGCGCCGGUAGCUGCGUAUGGGAAUAAGCACAUGAGCAUAGGACACGUCGGUUUGUCGCAGUACCAUGGGCGUAUUGCUGCUCUCAACAUACUAAAGAAAGAAACGCCUCUAAGAACUGUCCCUUACUUCUGGACGAUGCUGUUCGGCAAGUCAAUACGGUACGCUGGCUGCGGCAGGCCAGCUAGCUCGAUGAUCGACGGAAACGUAGACGAAUUGAAGUUCGUAAUAUUCUUCUUCGAUGAGUCCGACAAAGUGAUAUCCGUGGCGUCGUGCAUGCGAGACCCCGUCGUUUCACAGUUUGCCGAGUUUCUGUAUCAAGGCAAGUCACUAUACAAGAAAGAUUUAAAAGACGACCCUUUCGCUUGGACGAAGAACAUACACUAAGCUAAUCUGCAACGGCGACGCAUUUCAAAGUAUACAUUGGAGAAA